CCAUAUUCUGUGCGUGUGCGUGUGUGCUGUGCGCAGCCGGUGUGAAGAUUGGAUGGGAGUGGUUUGGAACUAUUUAUUGUUUUUGAUAGCAUAUAUAUAUUGAUAGCACGAGAAAAUCGCCAGCCAUGCCGCCGGCCGUGGCGGACCCGGAGUCGGGCGAGCGGGUGGUCAAGGAGCUGCCGGCGCUGAUGGACGGCUCGGCGGCCGAUACCGACGCGCCCGACACCUCCACACAGGAGGUGCACAAGCCCAAACAUGUGGUCGGCAUCAUCCUGCCGCCGCCAGAAGUUAGAAACAUCGUCGACAAGACGGCCAGUUUUGUGGCCCGAAACGGCCCGGAAUUCGAAUCGCGAAUUCGUCAGAACGAACUGAACAAUCCCAAGUUCAACUUUCUGAACGGCGGCGACCCGUACCAUGCCUACUAUCAGCACCGUGUCGAGGAGAUUCGGGAGGGCAAGGCAGAGCCGGUGUCAGGCUCGCUGAAGCCGCUGGUUCCGCUGCAGCUGACGCCGCAGACGGCUCCCGGAGGCGGGGCGGCCUCCAGCGGCGCGGCGGCCGCCGGCACCCAGGUGCGGGCCGGUCAGGAGAUGUUCCGGCCGGCCGCCGAGAAACAGCUGGUGGUCACUGAGCCGCCGCCGGCCUACGAGUUCACCGCCGACCCGCCGUCCAUCUCAUCAGUCGACCUCGACAUUGUGAAGCUGACUGCCCAGUUCGUUGCGCGGAACGGUCGCCAGUUUCUCACCAACCUGAUGAACCGGGAGCAGCGUAACUACCAGUUCGACUUCCUGCGGCCGCAGCACAGCCUGUUCCAGUACUUCACCAAGCUGCUGGAACAGUACACAAAGGUGCUGAUCCCGCCCAAGGACCUGAUGGCCAAGCUGGACGCCGAGGCCGACUCACCGGCCAAGGUGCUGGACCAGGUGCGCUACCGAGUCGAGUGGGACCGGGUGCAGGAGGCGCGCAAACGACGAGAGGAGGAGGCCGUCGAGCGCGAGCGCAUCUCGUACGCGCAGAUCGACUGGCACGACUUUGUGGUGGUGGAGACGGUGGACUAUCAGCCGUGGGAGCAGGGCCAGUUCCCGCCGCCCACCACACCGGCCCAGGUCGGACAGCGCGUGCUCAUGCAGGAGCGGAUCGAUGACGGCGAGGAGAUGCAGAUGUCUGACGAGGAGCCGGAGCCCGAGCCGGAGCCCGAGGAGAGCUCCUCGUCGUCCUCGGAGGACGAGGAGGAGGAGCAGGAGGGGCGCGCCGAGCCGGAGCGCGGCGUGGCCGACAACACCCAGGUGCAGGACAUGGAGGAGGACUCGGACGAGGAGGCCGAGGAGCCGCGCCGACAGGCACCGCCGCCGCCCUCCAUAUCGCGCAUGCAGCCGCCGCCGCCGCCCAUGCCUCCCAAACCCGACCAGGUGGUCAUCAAGAAAUACGACCCGAAAGCUGCUGCCAAGCCGUCUCGCGCCCCCGCUCCGGAUGAGUACCUGAUCUCGCCCAUCACGGGAGAGAGAAUCCCGGCCAGCCAGGUGGCCGAACACAUGCGCAUCGGCCUGCUGGACCCGCGCUGGGUGGAGCAGCGCGACCGCCAGCUCAACGAGAAGGUCAACCAGGAGACCGUCUUCGCCACCGGUGGCGACAUUGGCUCCCACCUGCAGAACCUGGCAGAGCGGCGAACGGAUAUUUUCGGCGCCGGAGACGAGGAGACCAUCAUCGGAAAGAAGAUCGGCGAAGAGGAGAAGAGGGCGGAUGAUAAGAGCAUCUGGGACGGCCACUCGUCGAGCGUGGAGUCGACGCGCAGCGCGGCGCGCGCCAGUAUCACACUGGACCAGCAGAUCAGCCACAUGAACAAGGCUAGGAGUCUGAUGGAGGAGACGGAACGCAUCGGACCCAAGAAGGGCGGCGGCCGUGGCGACCGACGCGACCGGCGCGAUCGCGACGACCGGGACGAUCGUGAGGAGCGCGAUCGGCAGCCGCCGCCGCCGCCGCCGCUGCCGCCCACACCCAAGGCACCGGCGCCGCCGCCGCCGCCCACGUCAGCUCCUGCGCCGCCCCCGCCACCGCCUCCCCGCGAGGCGCCCAAGCCGCCCCCGCCGGCGCCGCCCGCGCCGCGCCUGACGCCGGCACAGCCGCCGCAGCCUCCCCAGCCGCUGCUGCUGCGGCCGCAACUGAUGGCUCCACAGAUGGCGCCGCAGGGGGUCAUGAUGGCGCCCAGACCGCCCGUCGUCUUGCCCGCGCGGCCAAUGUUCAUGCAGCCGAUGCCGGCCGGCUUCAUCCCGCAGAUGCAGCCCGGGCCGCCACGGCCUCCCAUGCAGAUGGCGCCGGAGCCGAUGGUGGCCGGCGGUGACGACGAGCCGCCCAACAAGCGCGCGCGCACCGAGGACAGCCUGGUGCCUGAGCAGAUGUGGCUGGCGCGCCACCCGCAGGGCACUGUCACCUUCUGCGUGGCUGUGCCGACCGUCACCGACAAGCCCGAGUGGCGGCUGAGCGGCCAGGCGCUGUCGCUCACCAUGCCGCUCACCGAGCUGGUCUCCGUGGUCAAGGCGAGACUGCAUGACGAGACCGGCCUGCCGCCCGGCAAACAGAAGCUGCUCGGAGAGGGCAUUUUCUUCAAGGACUCAAACACACUGGCCUAUUACAACGUCGCAAACGGCAGUACAAUUCAGCUUCAGCUGAAGGAGAGAGGAGGCCGGAAGAAGUGAGGCUUCACACUCCUUUACCGAGAUCCAUCAAUCGGCUAGACAGCCGGCGGGAAGGGAGACACGGGAGGGAGGACAACAUCUCCUCGGCCUCAGUACCUCCCAACGUGUCGGGUCACUGUGCUGCUCCGCGACCGGAGGAUCCACCGACCGUGCUCUGCUCCGCUCCAUUUUGUGUCACUGUACGUCUACGACGCCGGCUGGUAGCCAAUACACCCAUCUGACAGUG